GUCUCUUUCUCUCUCAUACUCCAAAACGGAUUUCUCUCUCUCUCUCUAAUCAAUCUGUGAUGAGCCUAUAAUCUCGAAUCCAGCAAAGAUACGCCCCUCUCUCUCUCUCUCCACGUGCGAGGCCAUAAAUUUAGCAAGCAAGAAGAAAGGCGGAACCGGCGAACUCUCCCACAUCUCUCUCUCUCUCUCUCUCUCUCUCUCUCUCUCCACUUGUUAAUGGUCGACCAUCUCGUCACGUAGAGAGAGAUUCAUUUGAACCACUUACUCUCUCUCUCUCUCUCCUCUGAAAGGAGCAGAAGAAAAGAAGGGGGAGGAGAGAGAAGCAAAUGUCAGCUUUGUGAAGGGGCAGGACCUUGUUUUUUGGGGUUAGAGUUGGAGUUAGCGGUUUCUUUCAUGUAAUUGAGGGGGCUGUUUGAUAAAUUAGGGUUUUCUUUGAUGUGGUUUUGGCCAUGGGUGAACAUGGCGGAUCCUUCGUAGCAGUGAGAAGGAUUUCUCAGGGGCUUGAACGCAGCAGUGCGUGCCACACUAGCUCAGCUGAGGUUGUGGCAGGAUCUGCAGCAUGGAUUGGAAGAGGCCUCUCAUGUGUUUGUGCCCAAAGGCAAGAAAGUGAUGAACGCGGUUCUUUUGAGUUAACUCCUUUACAGGAGGAAUGCUUGCAAAGGCUGCAAUCCCGGAUUGAAGUUACCUAUGACAGUUCGAGACCUGAGCAUCAGGAAGCUCUAAGAGCCCUGUGGAAUGCUGCAUUUCCUGAUGAAGAACUUCGUGGUUUGAUAUCUGAACAGUGGAAAGAAAUGGGAUGGCAAGGGAAAGACCCUUCCACAGAUUUUAGGGGAGGUGGCUUCAUAUCAUUGGAGAAUUUGUUGUUCUUUGCAAAGACCUUUCCAAAAUCAUUCCAAGAUCUCCUCCGGAAACAGGACGGGAAUCGAGCUAUGUGGGAAUACCCUUUUGCUGUAGCUGGGGUAAAUAUAACUUUUAUGCUCAUUCAGAUGCUUGAUCUCCAAGCAGUCAAACCACGCACACUGAUGGGGGCAACAUUUUUGAAGCUCUUGUCUGAAAAUGAACAUGCUUUCGACCUUCUCUACUGCAUCACAUUCAAAUUGAUGGAUCAGCAAUGGCUCGCCAUGCAUGCCUCAUACAUGGACUUCAAUUCUGUAAUGAAAUCCACACGGUUGCAACUGGAAAGAGAGUUAGUUCCUGAAGACAUAACCCGAUUAGAAGACAUGCCCUCAUUCAGAUUGCUCGCUCGGUAGUGAGGAGGCUACUUGUAGCUAUGCACUUAUUUUCUUUUCGAGUGUUCUUUUUUGUUUGUCAUAUCUUUUCCCUUUAAUGGGGUGCUUCCGAUGUCAAUCGAUCAUCUUUGUGAUUUCGGAAUUCUCUCAUUUGAGAUUUAUGAAAUGUGAGAUCAACACCAUGCAUUACGUCUAA